AGACCGCAAAGCGGUUGUAGCGCCGGAUAAGUAAGUAAGUAAGAGUUCUUUGUCGUCUGCUACACGAAGUAUUUUUAUAUUCCGUUUAGGUAGAGAACUUGAGUCGUUUAGAAGCCGUUUAGUGGUCGUUCAGUGGAUUUGUGGCACUUGGGUUUGAGGUCAAUAACGUCUGCAUUACAAAAAAAUUGGCUUUUUCGCUUUCAGAAAGUGAGAGCGGUAUCCUGUGUGUUUAAAUUACGCUCUUACAAAUAUAUGUGUAGUUUUGUUUGCCUAUGAACGCGUAUGUUCUGAAGAAUGGUCGGAUUUAUCAUCCAUUAAUUAUUGUUGAUGUAAUCUCAUUUGUAAACAUUAUGGUCACCCUGUUUUUAACCGUAUUUUUAAAACGAUUUGACACAAACAGUAGAGGCCAUUCAGUUUCAAUUGACAUUUGACUUGGCACAGCUCGUUGUUUACAAACGAGUCUAUUCCGUGCUGCAUCAACAUUCUGCCCAAAAACCAUCAUAAAAUAGGUUUAACCAUGAAUUCUGCCACUAAGGUAGGGGAGAUUUUUACCGCUGCCGGUGCUGCAUUCAACAGCCUGGGAGAGCUAACGAUGCAACUGCACCCUUCGUCCGAUUCUCCAACCGGGAGCAAAUGGACAGAUGAAGAAAUAGAGAUGCUUCGGUCCGCAGUCACACGGUUCAGUGAGGAUUUGAGCAAAAUCAGUCAGCGCAUCAAAGGCCGUACGGUAUCGCAAAUCCGGCACACGCUCAAGAAGAAAGCGUUCGAAGAUGCUGGCCUACCGGUCAGGCAGCUAACGCAACCCACUUCCACACAGUCACAUCACCUGCAGCAACAAGCGCAGCAGCAGCAGCAGCAAAUCAUUGUUACGUCCUCUGCACACUACGAGGAGGGAGUUCCUUCCUCUACCGUAAUUGCACAUCCGAUGGUGAUCGAAUCGGUCAUAAAGGACGAUAAUACCGAGUCGAGCGGGUUGCUUUGCCAACCGGCCGACAUUUCGAUGACGCUAAACCGGCUAAACACGCAGGAACACGAGGCAGACGUGGAGGGAAUGGCUUCCAGCGAAAUGAAGCUCGAGUUCGAACCGGGCACGGAAGAAGUGGCCGGGUGAAACGAGGAUGAUUUUUACUACAGCGAACCGAAGGAUUAGUACUGGAUGUUAACCGGCAAUACUAUUUCGAGCGCGCGCGCGGUAUGUUCUCUGAAAGUAGUGUAACGAUGCAAUGGGUAUAUGGGUAGCCUAAAUUGAAACCAAUCUUCCCUCCCUUCAUGCAGUAGAUUCCUCGGUGGCCAACUCUAUGACUUUAAAACGAUCUCCCGAACGAACAAGUCGUACAUAUUGGUUGUGUAAAUGGUUGGGAAAGAAGUUCAUGUGUGUUUGGGUGUUUCAGUUUUAAUAUGUGCGGUGUUCAUUCGCAAGGGCCCAAUAUGUGGUGGUCGCAUUGUCUUUUGUAUAAAUAAAUGUGUGCAUCGUGUCACUGAUGCCUCUCGUCUCGUA